UGCUAACCCAACGUACCGGUGUUGAUGUAGUAAAUUGGCUGUGGUGGACUGUACGUGAAAGCAUUAAAAGCAUUUGCCUUCUAGCAAUAAUACGACUAAUUUUGCCGAGAGAAUGGCAGUGUUACCACUUUUUAAUCGGCCAGUUCUUCACAAUAAUUUUUGUCUUUCGUCUUACUGUUUAUAGCUUUACUAGCUAACAUGUACACAAGGAAGCCAACAUAAUGCUAAUAGCUAAUAAUUCCGUGGAUGCCCUAUCUGACGUUAAAGCAGUUGUUUAACUAAGGAUGUUUAUAAUUCUUCUAUAAUGGUUGUGGAGGUAGAAAGCUUCUUCGGUGUGUACAUGUUGUACUGCAUCAAUCCUAAAUUCAAAGGCCGUAUUUACAUCGGCUUCACUGUGAACCCUGAGCGCAGGAUCGGACAGCACAACGCUGGACGGCACAGAGGGGGAGCCAAGAGGACCAGUGGAAGAGGACCAUGGGAGAUGGUCCUCAUUAUACAUGGCUUUCCUUCUGAAAUUGCUGCCCUCAGGUUUGAGUGGGCGUGGCAGCACCCUCACUCCUCCAGGCGUCUCUCCCAUGUCUCCCGGCGCUCCAAGAAAGAGUCCAGCCUGCAGUUCCACUGGCGGGUCGUCUCAAACAUGCUGCGGGUGGCGCCGUGGAACAGACUGCCGCUGACGGCUCGCUGGCUGAAACAGGAGUACAGGAUGGACUUUGAGCCUAGUCUGCAGCCUCCGCUGCACAUCCCCAUUGCUUUUGGAAGUGUGAGAGCCAAAAAGAUGCUGCCUCUGCAGUCUGCAGGAGAGGAGGACAAGACAUCCACUUGUUCUCUCUGUAAAAGGCUGCUUAAGGAGUCAGAAAAGCUGAGCUGUUUCCACCCAUCCUGUGGAAUGAGCAGUCAUGUGAUCUGCCUUGCUAACCAUUUCCUGAAGUCAGAGCCGUCCCACCUCCUGCCAGUGGAGGGUGAAUGUCCGUCGUGUUGUCACUCUGUUCUGUGGGGGAGCCUCAUCCGCCAUAAACAUGGCUGCUUUGGGGACCUAGAGGAGAUCACGCUGUCUGCAUCCCAGGGCCACUGGGCAGAUGAGCUGCAGAUAUGAGGGAAUGGAACCUGCAAAAAUUAAUUUAUAUUUCCUUCUUAAUGAACUGUGUUGCCACAUGACCGUGUCAUAGAGAAUUAUAUAGAUUAUAUGUAAUGGAUAUGCUGUUUCAAACUGAACAGGAAGGUACAGAAACUUGAUAAAAGCUUUCCAGCAGAAAUGUGUGCAAAUGCAACAUCUCAGGACUACAGGAUCCACUGGCUGUGUUCCAUUUUUAUCUUUCUGAUCAUGAAAUAUCUUUUUUCACCAUGUCUAAAUAUAAAUGUUUAAUGUAUUCAAUAUGUGUGAAAAACAUUUUAAUGCAUUGUGUGACAAAUAAAAGAUUAUUUUGUAGUGUA